CUCCAUGGAUGUGGACAAUCAAAACAAAAAUGGUAUAGGACAAUUAGGCUUCAGACAACAUCACAUAUCCGACAAGUAGGCAGGCAGACAAGCAGACAGACAGGCAGACAGACAGACAGACAGAGAAGCAGCACUCAGCAAUAAAGCGGGUGAGUUGGACUCAUGGAGGAAAUCGUAUUCAAGGAUAUUGACGUCGUCCUUUUAUCUGUAAACUUCAUUGUCGCUGUCGCAGGUUUCCUGGCUCAUAUCCAGUUCCAUUUGAGCCAUCUCACCUACAACUGCUGGCCAACGAAGAGUACUUUGUCUUGGAGAAGGUCGCCGGUGUACGCUACAUGCUCCUAAGCACACACACCCAAAAGGGACCGGCAUGUUUUCUGAUUGACCGACACUAUGAGAUUUCAUUUGUACCUCAUCUGCUUCUCCCGCUGCGGGACAAUCCAACAAAAUAUCAAAACGAAACGCUGCUCGAUGGAGAAAUGGUGGUGGAGAACGAUGGAAGCAAGAAGACACUUCGCUUCCUCGUAUUCGACCUAAUGGCGCUCAAUGGAGCUGUCGUCACCCAGAGAUCCUACAGCACGCGAUUAGGGAUGAUGGAUCAAGAUGUUAUUGCGGUGCAAACAAGCAAGGCAAACGAGGUGAAAGCUAAGGAACCGUUCACUAUCGAGCGCAAGAUAAUGCAGCGAUCAUAUGGACUUAAUGUCAUUUUAGCUGGCAGCAAGCGACAUAAGCACGGAGGCGAGGGCUUGAUAUUUGCCCCAGUGAAACAGCCAUAUGUACCAGGAACAAGCCCUAAGCUAUUAAAGUGGAAAUCCCAUACAACGGCGCAGUUUCUGAUCAAGGUGUCCAUGAGCAAGGAGCGGAAACCCCUGUACUGUAUACAUGUGAAGCAAGGAACAGGAUCAAAGUUUCACGACUAUGUAACGCCGGAACCAGCCCUUGCACUGGAGUAAGCUAUAUGAAUGCACGGUCCACGUGGGAUGUUCAUAGAAGGUAUUGCCGGCUAUCCUUGCAUGGUAUCG